AUGAAUCAACAAUAUCAACAAAGACAAAAUGGCUUUACAGCCAGACAAAAAUAUAAUACUAAAAAUAAUGAUAAUAAUGGACAACAACGUCAUAAUUAUCAACAACAACAAUCAACACCUAAACAAGAAUUUAAACCAGUUGCUAUUUUAAAACGUGGUGAUCCAUCUGGAACAACAAUUAUAAAUAAAGAUGAUAAUCAAUCAAAAGAAAAUAUACAACAACAACAACAACAAAUAAAAUCAACAAGUUAUAAACAAGUGGUCGUACAACAGUCACCAGUACCUAUAAUUUUAUCAUCAGCAAAAGCACCAGUUAAUGUUUCACCACCUGUACCAAGUCCAUCUACACCAAUAUCAACUCCUGCUGUAUCUUCAUCUAUACCGACAACAACAAUUCCUUCAGUUAAUAUACCAUCAAAUUUAUCAACACCUCCAAUUGUUCAUCGAUCAAAUGGACCAAUAAAUUUAACACGUACAACAUCAACAAUUUCAACACCAUUAUUAACACAAUUACAACAUGAACAACAUAUUCAAUCAAUAAAUACACGUUUACUUUCAUCAUCAAUGACAAUGAAAACAUCAUUAAAAUUAAUUGAUGAUACAUUAACAUGGUGUGAAAAUGGACAAUUAAAUAAUUAUUUACAAGAUUCUGAUGGUUUUGUUGUUAUUGGUGCAAUUGGUAGAGAAAAAGUUGGUAAAUCAACAUUACUUUCAUUAUUAGGUGGUAAUCAAUUUAUUGAUGAAGAUCGUUUAAUGAUAUUUCCAGCAGCAUCAUCAAAUUCACAUAAAAUAACACAUGGUAUUGAUAUAUAUAUAACAAAUGAACAAACAAUAUUACUUGAUACACAACCAUUAUUAAGUUCACAAUUACAUCAACAACAAAUAUUACAAUCAGCAAAUGAUUAUUCUCGUUCACAACAACAACAACAACAACAAACAAUAUCGACACCACAUUUUUGGCAACAACAAAUUGAUCCACGAGCAAUGUUUGUUGAUAAUAUACUUGAAUUACAAACAUUAGAAAUAAUUGCAUUUAUAUUAUCUGUUUGUCAUAUUGUUUUAAUUGUUGAAGAUCAAUUUUCUGAUCCAUAUUUAUAUCGUUUAUUACAAUUAGCUGAUAUAUUACGACCUAUAUUAAAACGUAAUACAAAUGAAAUAAUUAAACCACAUUCACCACAUAUUGUUUUUAUAUUAAAUAAAUGUAAUAAUUAUAUAUCACCACAAGAACGUUUAUUAAUAAAACGUUCAUUAGUACAAAUGAUGAUGGAUACACAAUUUCGUAUAUAUUCAUCAUUAAAACAAACAAAUAAAAUUAAAAUACAAACAAAUUUAAAACAUAUUGUUACAGAUUUAAAACAACAAGAAUUAAAUGAAAAUUUAUUAAUUAAAUUAUUACAACAAACAAAAUUAAUUGAUGAUGAUAAUAAUAAUAAUAAUCAUGAAGAAUAUGAUGAAACAAAUAAAGAAAUUGAUCUAACAAAUGAUAAUGAUCAAGAUUUAGAUGAUAAACAAAUAAAUUAUGAUUAUGUAAAUACAAUAUUUAUUCCACGACGAGAUUUUCGUGAUUCACAUUCAUCACAUUGGCAAUCACGUUUUCUUGGUUUUUCAAAUGCUGAUUCAAUUGUUCGACAACUUCGACAACAAUUACUUGCUAUUGAUCGUCCACAUAUUGAACAAUGUCAAACACAACGUGCAUGGUUAACACAUGCUUCACGUAUUUGGGAUUUAAUUACAAAAUCAAGUCAAUGGGCUGAUUUUAGUCGUUUAUUAACAUGA